AUGAUGGCUUCUACAAGCACACAGCCUCCAAAAAGGAUUCGCCCAGUGGCGGUGGUUAUUGGCACUCCACGCCAAGUUGAGCCACCGCAUCCGAUGAUUCCACCACCGCUCCAACCAAACUUUUUUGUUGUUCAGGACAUGAGGCCACAGUUGGGAGAGAGGGAGGAAAUUAUGAGAGCGGGUGGUAGGUUCGAGCCGAUUGGUCCUCCAAUGUUCCCGGAACCGGAAGUUCAAAUGGCUCCGCCGAUGGUUGAGCCACAACCUCCGAUAAUCCAAGGUCUAAUGAUAAUCCCACCACCAGCCAUUGUCAUCCAGUUCGGACCGGCACCGCCGGCUUUCCCUGCUCCGCAUCUGAACAUCCCGCAUCCGAUGCACCAGGCUCCUCAGCUGGGACAGUUUCAAGGUCCGCUCUUCCGUCAUCACCAUCCUGGAUCACAUCAAGGGUUUCAAGGGCAGGCGCCUAUGUUCCAGCCGGGAUUCGCGGAAGUAUUCCAGCCCCCACUUCCAUUCAAUGGUCCAAAUCAAAUGGAUCCGGAAAACGGAGUGGCCAUGAACAUGGUCCUACGUCCACGAAGAGUUGGCCGCCCAAUGCGCAAUAUGCAGCAAGUUUAG